UUUGUCCUUGACAUUGCUAUAAAAAUCAUGGCGACCUUCAUGAGGCUUUCACGAUCUCUUCUAUCAAGAAACGUGAUUCCCCUUCGUUCACAAGAAAAAUGGUGCGCUGUCGUCGCUGGAAGUACUGAGCAUACUCUGGGAGUUAAAAAGAGGAUCGAGACAACUCGCCAGAGAGCGCUGUUAGGCGGUGGUCAAAAGAGAAUAGAUACACAACACAAAAAGGGCAAGCUGACAGCACGGGAGCGAGUUCACCUUCUGCUUGAUUCCGACUCAUUCGUUGAGUAUGACAUGUUUCUUGAACAUGCCUGCACCGACUUCAACAUGGAAAAAGAAAAGUAUCCUGGUGACAGUGUAGUGACAGGCAGGGGCUACAUCAAUGGACGGCUGGUGUUUGUCUUCAGCCAGGACUUUACUGUGUUUGGUGGAAGUUUGUCGGGCGCCCAUGCAAAGAAGAUAUGCAAGAUCAUGGACCAAGCGAUGCUGGUCGGUGCCCCAGUGAUCGGUCUCAACGACUCGGGCGGGGCCAGAAUCCAGGAAGGGGUGGAAUCUCUGGCAGGAUAUGCUGACAUCUUCCAGAGAAAUGUCAACGCAUCGGGUGUGAUACCCCAGAUCUCGCUCAUCAUGGGGCCAUGUGCAGGUGGCGCUGUGUACUCCCCCGCUCUGACGGACUUCACCUUCAUGGUCAAGGAAACCUCCUACUUGUUCAUCACAGGACCUGAAGUUGUCAAGUCCGUUACAAAUGAAGAUGUGACUCAAGAAGAACUUGGAGGGGCUAAAACACACACAUCAGUCUCUGGUGUCGCCCACAAAGCAUUUGAGAACGAUGUUGACGCCCUCCUACAGCUGCGGGACUUCUACAACUACCUCCCACUCAGCAACAAGGACGACGCCCCUGUCAGACAGUGUGAUGACCCAUGGGACAGGUUGGUGCCUGGUCUCGACACAGUUGUCCCCCUUGAAUCCACAGCCGCCUACGACAUCAAGGAUGUCAUACUUGGGGUCGUGGAUGAACAGGACUUUUUUGAGAUAAUGACGAAUUAUGCCAAGAACAUCGUUAUUGGGUUCGCCAGGAUGAACGGACGCACGGUGGGCCUGGUUGGGAAUCAGCCAAAAGUAGCAGCUGGUUGUCUGGACAUCAAUGCAUCAGUGAAGGGAGCCAGGUUUGUGAGGUUCUGUGAUGCCUUUAAUAUCCCAAUCAUCACCUUCGUCGACGUCCCAGGAUUCCUGCCAGGUACGAGUCAAGAGUAUGGAGGAAUUAUCCGCCAUGGAGCUAAGCUGUUGUAUGCAUACGCAGAAGCUACAGUGCCCAAGAUCACAGUUAUUACCAGAAAGGCAUAUGGCGGUGCCUAUGAUGUGAUGAGCUCCAAACAUCUCCGUGGCGACACCAACUACUGCUGGCCCACUGCUGAGGUUGCUGUCAUGGGAGCGAAGGGUGCCGUGUCCAUCAUCUUCCGAGGCAGCAACACCCAGGCAGACCAGGAGAAGGAAUACAUUGAAAAGUUUGCCAACCCCUUCCCUGCUGCUGAUCGAGGCUAUGUCGAUGACAUCAUUGAGCCCAGGACUACCAGACAGCGCAUCUGCCAGGACUUGGAGGUGUUGUCCAGCAAGAAGAUGGAGAACCCCUGGAAGAAACAUGCCAACAUGCCGUUGUGAGGACGCUGCAGUGGGAUUUAGCGUGUUCAUAAACAGACAUGAUCCAUGUGCAAAUGUUGGUAGCUCGGCCGAAAAUCAUGAAAGUGCUAUGUUGCAUAUUUAUAAAUUCAGAUCUUAUGAUGUGUGUGCUUGUGUGGUUGAUUAUGUAAAGGUGGUGAUAUGCGUAGAUCUGUAUUUGUUUGUGGAAGUAAUGUUACGUGGAUAUACUUUGUUUCUCUCCAAUAUACGAUUUUUCUUGUUAUGGGGGCUCUCCUCGCGCAUUAAAUUGACACGCAAUGAUACCACUGAAUUGUAAAGGGGUGGUAGACACAUUUCAGUCACUCAUUCAUUAUUAAGUUGUUUUCUUCAUGUGUAAAUGGUAAUAAGUACUUCUGACAGGGAACUCACAGUAUUUACUAUUUACAUUAUCAUAGUUGUAUAGCCAAUGAGGGCACGGAUUGCCAAGUCGUCUGAGAUGCCUCAAUUUGCUGUACAAAGUGUGUCACUAAGAAUGCCAGGAACCUAUUCGUCCUGAUUAGGUUUGUCAGCACCAUACUCGUGCCUGUGGGUUUUACCAAAGUGGUAAAUGUCUGAGACCUGCAUCACUUCGGGUUUCCUUCCACAUCAAGGUGACGCAGUAUAACUGGAAUACUGUUAAAAGCAGCAUUGAACCCAACUUCCUCCCUCCCUCACUUUAUGGACAAACAAACGUAAGUGAAAACCAGAUGACCAAAAUAGAUGCUGAUUUCUUAAACUCACAAUGGAUGAGAAUGCUGUUCUCUCCAAACAUUGACCAUUCACUUCUCAUACUACCCACCAGACCCGUGGAGAUCCGGGGUAGAAUAGGUCUUCAGCAACCCAUGCUUGCUGUAAAAGGAAAGACUGCUUGUCUUAAGAGGCGACUAACGUGAUCGGGUGGUCAGGCUCGCUGACUUGAUGCAUGUCAUCACAUCCCAAUUUCAUGGAUCGAUGCUCAUGGUAUCAAUCACUGGAAUGUCUGGUCCAGACUCGAUUAUUUACAGACCGCCAUCAUAUAGCUGGAACAUUGCUGAGUGCGGUGUUAAACAACAAAAACAACCAAAACCCUCUCAUACUACCCACAACUCAGUGGUCCAAGCUCAACCUCAGGUAUUUUGUUAUAUGACUUCAAUGUCCAGUGUGACAUCCUACUCACUUGCAGGACGAACAGAUCUACCUCCACAGGAUGGAGGUUUUCAGAUCAUGCUACGUCUCCACAGCUCUUCUCAGCUCACAUGUCAGCUCAUUGUGCAUCAUGUGUUGUCAGGUUAGUGUGGCCUCCAGGGGGCCCAGUCCUCUAAGGCACCGCGAUUCGCUGUGCAGAGCUGCUUCCCUUGUGCACGCCAGAAACCUAGGAUUGUGGGUUUGAAUCCCUGUUCGCCCCAAUUAUGUUUCUAGGUUUGUCAGCACCAU